AUGGGCUGUGUGGGUUCCAAGCCCGAGGAGUCACCGGCGGUGGCGCUCUGCAGGCAGAGAUGCACCUUCCUCGACGAAGCGAUCCACCAACGCUACGCUCUUGCGGAAGCUCAUUUAGCUUAUUGUCACUCUCUCAAGAACGUCGGUGUUUCGCUCCAUCGUUUCUUUGAUAUCCACUCCUCCGCCGCCGUGCACGGUCACGGUGGUGAUACUCCUCCGUCUCCGGUGCUUAACCUUCCUCCUCAAAGGAAGGGAGAGUCUUCCAAGCCGCCCGUUACUGCGCCUGUUCAUCAUCAUCAGCAUCAUGAUCAUUCGCAUUCAAAAUUCUGGCUCAUCUCACCUUCACUUUCACUCUGA